AUGGUCGCCACUAAGAGCGCGAAGGGCAAGAACGCCCCCAAGACUGCAAAGACCGCCUCGUCGUCGAAGGACGCGAAGGCCAAGUCCGCGAAGAAGGCGGCUCUCCAGGGCGUGCACGGCCACCACUCGCGCAAGGUCCGCUACACCGUCUCGUUCCACCGACCAAAGACCCUCCGCCUGCCCCGGGACCCGAAGUACCAGAGGAAGAGCGUUCACCAUGUUCCCCGCAUGGAUGAAUUCAGGACGAUCGUCUCACCUUUGAACACGGAGUCUGCGAUGAAGAAGAUUGAGGAGCACAACACGCUCGUGUUCAUUGUGGACCUCAAGUCGAACAAGCGUCAGAUCAAGGACGCGGUGAAGAAGCUCUGGGAUGUUCAGGCCGCCAAGAUCAACACUCUCAUCCGACCGGACGGAAAGAAAAAGGCGUACGUGCGUCUUACUGCUGACCACGAUGCUCUGGAUGUUGCGAACAAGAUUGGCUUCAUCUAA